AAAGCAAAAAAAAAAGGUCAAUAUUUUCCUAAAACAUUGUUAGAAAUGAAGUUGUUGAAAAUGGAGCAGUUUAACAUCAGCACUGCAACAACAACAACUCCAAUCCACUACCUAAAAUGGCAGAAUCAAAUAUAUAUACAUACACAGAUACAUAUAUCUAAUCCAUUUACCAUCCAUUUCAUUUUCAUCCCCUAUAUAAACCAACAUUCCACUAACCAUUUUUCUCAUCAAAAUCUUAAAUUCCCAUUUCUCUUUUCAACAAACAAACACACAUAUAUUCUCUCUCUCUAAUGGCGACAGCUGAGAAAAGCGGUGAAAUAGCAAUCAACAUGUCGGAGACAAAAGCCAGUACUAAAGGAAAAGCUCCAUUGUUAAACUCUUCCAAAGCUUUCGCCGUCGUCGAACCACCGAACCGAGGAGCCAAAAGAGGUAUCGCCAUUGGUGAUUUCUUUUUGAGACUAUGUGCCCUUGGAGCCGCCCUCGGUGCCGCUAUAUCAAUGGGGACCGCCGAUCAACUUCUCCCUUUUACAACUCAGUUCCUCCAAUUCGAAGCUCAAUACGAUGAUUUUGAUGCUUUCCGGUAUUUUGUGAUCUCACUUGCCAUGGUUACUGGUUAUCUUCUCCUUUCAUUGCCAUUUUCCAUAGUCUGCAUCAUUCGUCCGCUUGCAACAGCUCCAAGGCUCUUCCUUGUCAUCUUUGAUAGUAUAAUGGGGGGUGUAACCAUAGCAGCAGGUUCAGCUGCUGCAGCAAUUGUAUAUUUGGCUCAUACAGGGAACCCAAACACCAAUUGGCUUCCUAUUUGUCAACAAUAUGGUGAUUAUUGCCAAAGUGCAAGUGGAGCAGUGAUAGGUUCUUUAAUAGCUGGUGCAGUCCUCUUCUUUAUAGUUAUACUUUCAGCUUUUGCUCUGAAAAGAAGCUGAAAAAACCACUUCCCAUGGAAGUUUAAGUUUCCAUUGAUUUAUGAAUAGUGUGUGUUGUGGGGAAAAAAAAAAGCAUUUGAAUGAUUUCCUUUGCUUUUUUUGGUGUUUCUUUUUAAAUGUUGAAUGUAAUACACUUUCAUUGUAUGUAAGUCCCUUUACUCUCUAAAAAUUUGAAUUUAAUCCCUUUACUUUUUUAUUUUUGAA